GGCUCAUGGUGCCUUCCCAAGGACUCCAUCCAAAAAGUGAUUGCCUUCUGCUUCAAAGGAUUAACGCAGGAUCUGGAAGCUAAUUUCACAUCUUUGAACAGGAUAAUGACUGGUUUUUGAAGAAUGAAUAUUUUCACAUAAAUUAUUAUGGGAGAUUACAUGUGUAUAUAUACAAAGCUUAAGGCUCGACCGGAUUAGGUUGAUGUUCCAGGAGUACCCCAACAAGAAGGGAAUGUUGAUUGUGGUUAUUAUACAAUGCGAUAUUGUUGGGUCAUCGUCAAUAUCUGUGCGAAAUGUUCAGUACCAUUAUUCGAGGUCCGCCAUAGCUGCCGCCUCGGUCCUGCCGGUGUCCACUGCUCGUGUGUCCGCCGCCGCCGCCGGUGCUGAGGAGGGCAGUGAAUGGCGCUCCGGCGCCAUAUACAGCGUUGGUUUGUUGCUGUUCAACGAGGAGCAAGGCGGACCGAACCUCCAAGAACGUCGAGAGUGGAUUUUGAUAUUGCAAAAACUGAACUUGACCCCGGAUGUCGUGAGGGAAGCCUUGAAGAACCUGGAGUACAAGGGCAUGUUCGGUGAUCGGAGCAUCCACAUCGUCGAGAUACUUGGAGAGAUUCUUGAGAAGACGACAAUAUUCGUUGAUGGAGAGGUGGCCCUUCACGGUUGUACGGAAAUGGUGCUCCAGUUGCAUCGCCCGGGCAUGCUUGUUGUCGUGAAAAAGAUUGUAAAUUGCCAUCCAUAGUGCAUGAGCGGAGAGAUUGUUGACGAGCACAAGCUUAAUGACAAAAUUGACAAAUCAUUUGUUGAAAACAUGACAAUUAUAAAGGGAGAGUGUAAAUUAUCAAAUUGGGGUGUGGUUUUCGGCCAUAAAUUUCUUAGAGAGAGAAAGUUUAUUUUGUGUUCCAUUAAUAUCAUUUUGUGCAUAGAAAAUAUCUAUAAUAUUUUCUAAAUAUUAUUAGAAAUAUUUUCUAUAGAAAUAUACAAGAUUAUUAUUAUCCCAAUUUUAAUCUUUAUAUUUUAUACUACUAUAAUCUUUACUAGCAUAAAGAUUGUGGUAGACUCCGGCGUUGUUCGUGUGUCAAAGUUGGAGACCGGACGCUUGAACGGU